AGUUAGAGACAGAAGAACGUACGUAAAAUCUAGCUAUUCAUUUGGAGAAGAUGAAAAGCCCACUUUACGAACAAGUUAUGGGUAUUCCUGUUAACUCAAUUGUUGCUGCAUACUCGGUUACGACCUCAUCCGCAUCAAUCAAAUAUUUACCUGAAUCAGCUGCCCAAUACCAUAUUCGUGAUUCUUCGGCCAACGGGUCUCCAACAAAUAAAAAUAGAAAAGUGGAUUCGGUUCUCGAAAAAAUGAAUAAGCUAGGGAAGAAAGCUGAUAAAUUUGCACACGGAGUCAGAGAACAUGUUAGACUGGCGCCAAAGAUUACUGAAACUGUAAAGGGAAAGUUGAGUUUGGGUGCAAAAAUUCUGCAAGUAGGUGGGGUAGAGAAAAUCUUCAAGCAGCUAUUUAAUGUUGGGGAAGGAGAGAAUUUAUUGAAGGCUUCUCAAUGCUAUUUGUCAACCACAGCAGGCCCGAUAGCAGGCCUCCUCUUUAUCUCCACAAACAAGGUUGCGUUUUGCAGUGAGAGAUCAUUGAAAUUCUAUUCAAAGAAUGGAGAAAUUGUUAGAGUUCAUUACAAGGUUUUGAUCCCACUUGAGAAAAUAAAGAGAGUAAAUCAAAGUGUAAAUAUGCAGAAGCCAUCACAGAAGUACAUGGAAAUAUGCACUGUGGACGAUUUUGACUUCUGGUUUAUGGGUUUCUUAAACUAUGAGAAGGCUUUCAAGUACCUUCAGCAGGCAAUUUCCCAGAGCGUAGAUGCUUUACAAGUCAAUUAUUAGUUGACUUAGAAAUUUUUCUUCCCUCUGCUUCAUCAGAAUAUGUAAAUUUUUGAAGUGAGGAAAGUUAAUACGGUUACGAUCAAUGUACAUUUUUUGUUAAUUAUAACAAUAUA